GGUGUGUCUUGGCAGGUUCCAUGAGCUUAAAUAUUCAGAUGAGUUGAUAGUUAGUUAAGUUUGGGUUUGGAGGUGCGAGGUAUGUUAGGGUCAUGGAAGUGGUCACAUGGUUGGAUUUAUUUAGGAAGUGUGAUGGGAGCGGAUGGUGGCACAAUUCCGAAGCGUUGUGAGCUUGUUAAAAAGAAGAAGAAGAAGGAAAAACUGGAUAAGAAUGUGGCGAACACGACAAGGUGGCGACUAUGUCGGCUAAGCCAGGAGCCACUGAAGCGACCGAUCGUAGCAUGCAGAUUGGGAAACUUAUAUAAUAAGGAAGAAGUUCUCAAUGCUAUUUUGUCGAAGAAAAUUGGUGAAUAUGAAGUAGCAAUGCACAUCAGAGGUUUGAGGGAUAUUAAAGAACUGAAGCUAACGGACAGCAAAGAAUACAGGGAAAGUGGCGCUGAUAAGGGAGAUGUCUAUAAGGAUCAUAAUAUUGCGCCGUUCUGCUGUCCAGUCACUGGGAUUUCAAUGAAUGGCAAUCAUCCGUUCACUGUUAACUGGCGAUGUGGAUGUGUGAUUUCGGAAAAAGCGAUUGAAGAAGUAAAGCCAGAUGUAUGUCAUGGUUGUGGAGGUCCAUUCAGCAAAGAUGAUCUCAUUCUAAUUAACCCUCCACAGGAUGUCCUUGAGAUUUACAAGAAGCGGGAAGAGGAACGACUAAAACGAAAGUUAAGGAAGACAGCAAGUCAAGAACCGACAGAGAAAAAGUCCAGUAUGAGUUGUAAAAUGGAAAUCGAAUCCACCCAGAAAAAGGGAAUAGUAAGCGAGCGUAAAAGAGAGGCGGCAACGUCGGCUGAUUUUAAGGAUUUGCUCAGAAAAGUGGAAAAGCGGAAAGCAACAUCUGCCAAAAUCAGUUCGAUUCAGGAUUCAAAUGCAUCUGCAGCAUAUAAGUCACUGUUCACGACAUGCGAAGAGGCGAAACAUAAGCCAGAACCACACUGGAUAACGCACAAUCCACUCUUUUACUGAAGUCUUAUAUAUAGUUCUAAAUAACUAUGAGUAAAGCAUUCUUAUGGUGUA